UGGAUUUGUGUAUGUGUGUGUGUGUGUGUCUGCCACUGUUGGGUGACAGUGUCUGUUUGUGUUAUUGCAUCUAUGUGAGUGCGUGUGUGUGCAUAUUUGCAGAGUCAGGUAUCGUGCAUUAGACCUUUGGAACAGUUUCACUUGGAAUGAGGAAGAAGAUUUUGAAAACAGGCAAGAGGCUUUUUGAAGAUGAAGCCGCAAUGUGAGCAUCAAGCUCAGACCUUCCACCAUGACAUCUUGCCGAGUACUUGGUGAUAUCCGUUGGACCGUGCCGUGUAUUCCUGGAAGGUGAUCAUGGCCCAGGACCUGGUCCUGAAGCAACGCAGCGAGAUCCUCUACAGUCUAUGCGCCAAUGGGUCGGCUGAGCCUCUGGAGAGGGUCUUAGAUGUCCUACUAGCCCAUGGGGAUCUUUCGUGGGAGGAUUACCAUAAUGUGCGAGUGCAAGGGAGGCCCCUUUAUGCCAACGCCAGGCAUCUCCUGGACCUGGUCUAUGCCAAGGGGGAAGCCACGUGCCAGGCUUUCACUGAGGCUGUCCAGAAAAUUCAACCCGAAUCUUGCGAGCCUGAAGUGUCAGGGCCUGUCACCAGGGCGCUUGUGACGCGAAGACCCAGCCUGGUGGGCGAGCUCCAAGGUUGCGUUGACGGAGCUCUUGACGCUCUGCUGGAAUCAGGAUGCUUCACCCAGGAGGACUGUAGAAACGUACGCUUGCCCGUACACACACCCUCACAGCAGGCCAGACGCUUGCUGGAUCACGUGAGCUCAAAAGGCGAGUCCGCGGCUAAUGUGGUCCUAUGCUACAUUGAGGAAAAGCAGCAGUCUGGGUAUAACCUGACAACAGAGAAGACCACACCCAAAGAGCUCCUCACGUACCAAAAGAAGUUGCGCAGUUCUGUGUCGGCACAGUCGAGCUUCCUCAGCACCUACGGAGGAACUGACCACAUGUCGCUGGAUGACAUCUAUACUGAAGGCCAGCUAGAGCUAGGGUAUGAUUGCAAGGAUCAAGGAGAUUUGGGCCUGGAGGAUAUCGUUGGUACGGCGGGCACUGUGAACGAGGAGGCAGACACGAUCCUGGUGUUUGGGAAUGCAGGUAGCGGUAAGACUACCUUACUCCAGAGGCUGCACCUUCUCUGGGCUAGACAGGCCGUCCUACCCGAAUUCCUCCUCCUAUUCCCUUUCAGCUGUCGCAAGCUUAAUUCAGAACUCGAGGAGCUGUCAGUCCAAGAGCUGCUCUUCCGCCACUGUUGCUGGCCCGACCGUCAGCGGGAUGAGAUCUUCAGCUUCAUUCUGGACAACCCACACCUUGUGGUCAUCACGUUCGACGGCCUUGACGAGCUCAAGCAGAGCUUCUCGGACGACUCCAGGCUGUGCUGCCCCACGCAGUCAGCCCCUGUUCACAUAAUACUAUUUAACCUUCUCCAGGGAUCCCUCCUAAAGGGGGUGCGAAAGGUGGUCACCAGUCGGCCGGAGGCUGUGGGUCCAACGUUGAGAAAGCAUCUCCGCAAAGAACUCUUCCUCAAAGGGUUCUCCCCUAAAGGCAUUCAUUUUUUCAUCAAGAAACAACACCACGACUUGUCGGUGGCCUCUAAAGUCUUGGCGUCCAUUCAGGCCAACACAACUUUAUUAGGACUUUGCCACAGUCCUGUUCUGUGCUGGAUUGUCUCACAGUGUCACAAGGAGCUGCUGGGCUGUGGAGACGGGACACCGCAGACCAUAACGGAUGUAUACCUUAUGAUCCUGCAGCACUUUUUGCAGCGGCAAAGCCCCCAGAAAUGUUCCGUGGGGGCCGGUUGGUUUCAGAAGCACCUGGUAGGGGUCUUGAAUCUGGGCCAGCUCGCUUUUCAGGGUGUAGAAACUUCCUGUUAUGUCUUUGGUGAGGCCGAACUGGAGACCUGCUGUGUUACAGACAAGGACAUCUGCACAGGCUUCCUCACCCAAAGCAAGGGCAUGUCAUCCUACCAGAGUCUUCGGUAUGAAUUCCUUCACGUGACCAUGCAGUGUUUCUUUGCUGCACUUUACAUCGUUUUGUCCAACAACACGGACUGCUCCACUGUAGUGAAGCUCUUUGAGCUGAAGGAGGGAGACUUCAGCAGCACCUGCUUUGGGUCCUGCUUGCCUGUGGGCCACCAUCAGGAACUGGCCGAAACCCCCAAUCUACAAACCACAGCCACUUUUGUCUCUGGUCUCCUUUCCCAGAGACACCGACAACACUGGCUGCAGUGUGCCCCACUAUCCACUGUGGAAAGGAAAGCUAGACAAGUGGUCCGGUGCCUCCACAAAGGCAUGCAGAAGCACUUUAAGUCCAUCCCCCAGCCAGUGGAGGGUGAAAAAAAGAGCAUGCAUGCCAUGCCUGGCUUUGUCUGGCUCAUCAAAUGCAUCUAUGAGAUGCGGGAGAGCAACAUGGCCAAGGCGGCACUGAGAAAAUUGAAGGUGGACCACCUGAAGUUGACCUACUGCAACAUCGGUCCUGUAGAGUGCACAGCUCUGGCCUACGUGCUCCAGCACCUGAGAAAUCCUGUUGGAAUCCAGUUGGACAACAACUCUGUGGGGGACGUGGGCGUGGAGCAGCUUCUUCCCUGUUUGCAUAUUUGCAAGUCCCUGUACCUCAGAAAUAAUAACAUCACCGAUGAAGGGAUUCGCAAACUGAUCGCAAAGGGAAUCCAGUGUGACACCUUCCAGAAAAUUGCACUCUUCAACAACAAGCUAACGGACGCUUGUAUACAACAUAUUUCUCAUCUCCUGAAGACAAAGCAGAAUUUUCUCUGUUUGAGAAUUGGCAACAACAAUAUCACAUCAGUAGGAGCCAAAGAACUGGCUAAUGGGCUGGAGUGCAACCAUUCGUUGACGCAUUUAGGGUAUGUACUGCUUUGGGGCAAUCAGAUUGGUGAUUCAGGAGCGGAGGCCAUUGCUGGUGCCCUGGAAGGCAGUAAAACGCUUGAAUGGCUGAGCUUGGUGGGCAACGGGGUGGGCAGUGCUGGAGCUCAUGCCCUGGCCAAAAUGCUCAAGAGCGCCACAUCGUUGGAGGAGUUAUGGUUGACUGAUAACUGCAUCACCCUGGAGGGAGUGGAGUCUUUGGUUCAAGCCCUGGAAUGUAACACACAUGUCAAGUCAAUAUGGUUGAGGAACAAUCACUUGAGCUCCGAGGAGGUGGAGGAGAUGACACGACGUGAAUCAAGACUCAUCUUCUGAUGUUUUUUUUGAAAAAAACAUUUUUUAAAAUGGCAAUAAAUGUGACAACUUUGCUUGGCCAGUCUUCACAUGUUUCUGCAUGUGCUGUAAAUGGAAGACAGACUACUUCGUUAUUUAUUAACAUAAAAUGUGUUGUUUUUCUUUUGCAAGUGUUAAGUGGUGAUGUGAUUACAUAGCACAUCUUAUCAUAUACUGUAAUUGUCAAUAUCAACACGAUCACUUUUACGUCCAACAGUAAAGACUGACAAAUUUUCAUCAUGUAUCGGACUCUUGUAGAAAACAAAUCUGAAAAUACAACACUGUAUACCAUUUUUACUCAACUCCAGAGUGCCAGAUGUUUUCUUUUAAUAUGUAUUGCAUAGUCUUUAUGGAAAAAAAAGGGGGCGGGGGUGAGGCAUUUGGGGUGUGGUGUUCUGUUCAAAAGGAAAAUAAGAAUCAGUAUUCAAGACAUUCAAAUAUGAGGCCCAUUAUCAUUUAUAGCAAAGGUCACCAUUUCUGUGCUUUUUUUUCUCUCUGAAAUAAGACAUUUUCCAUGUUCGAAUAAAAUUUGAUCAUCCA